AUGCAUCUGCACACCGUCGUCAUGAUCGUCGUCACUAGUCUUCUAGCUGUCCGAAAUGUUGUGUCGGCGACAGUUAUCCAAAAUAACGAGCAUCCCAGGUCAACGUUGUUCGACCCACCCACUCGGCAGAACCUGAGGAAUCACCACUAUGAGAACGAGGUUGGUGACGUUGCUAAAGGCGAAGAACGGGGAUUGAUUCCUUGGAAACUCAAGUACAAGUUCUGGGUUUGGACCGGGGAAACCCCGAAGAGUGUUGAGAUCAAGCUGGGAUUAAAGGGUUUAGAAGACAAAGCGUACUUGCACCCGAACUACAAGCGCUAUCUUGACUUUUCAAAACGCUGGUGGGACAGCCAGUAA